AUGGAGGUAUCAAAUUCGUCUAACCUAACGAACAGUGAGUUUCCAACUUCGUCGGUAGAUCGUCAGUUUUGGGAGUAUUUCGAUUCUGAAGAGCGUAAUAUCACUUGGGAUGAAGUUGGAAGGCAGCAGGGUGCUGUUCUCAGUGUUUAUGGAGUUCUGAUGCUGGUGGGUGCUGCUGGAAACUUGGCUGUGCUGAUAGCACUCUCUCGUACUCGUAGAAGACGCUCCAGGGUUGAUCUGCUCAUGACACAUCUUGCUAUAGCUGAUGUCUGUGUGACCUGUGGAGUAAUUCCACUUGAGAUUGGUUGGAAAUACACGAACGCCUGGCUCGUUGGUAAUCUACUGUGUAAAAUCCUUCUCGUGAUGAGAGCUUUCGGUUUGUAUCUGAGCUCCAACGUGUUGGUCUGCAUUUCCAUUGACAGGUUUUUUGCUGUUUUAUAUCCUCUAAAACUGUCUGUGGCUAGAAAAAGAAGCCGACAAAUGUUGUAUGCUGCAUGGACCGUAGCACUGUGCUGCAGUCUGCCUCAGAGUGCUGUAUUUCGUGUGAUGAAUCAUCCUUACGUGUCUGGUUUCGAGCAGUGUGUGUCCUUCGACGCUUUCUCAAGUGUCCGUUUAGAAGUAGCGUACAACGUCUUCUGUUUGUGCGCUAUGUAUUUCGUUCCGUUAUUAGUUAUCACAGUAUGUUAUGUCUGCAUUUUCUGUGAAAUACGAAGAAGCAGUAAUGAAAUUAACGCUAAAUGUCGAAGCAGUAUCAACAGUGUUCGUCUACGUAGAUCCGAUGGACGGAUGUUGGAGCGAGCUCGUCGCCGUACUCUUCGGAUGACUGUCAUUAUAGUCACUGUAUUCGCACUGUGUUGGCUACCGUACGCUACGAUGGCUAUGUGGUAUAUGGUUGAUCGGGAGUCUGCAUCCCGCGUCGCUCCCCAAGUCCAGGAUCUCUUGUUCGCGAUGGCUGUGUCCAAUUCCUGUAUGAAUCCUCUCGUAUAUGGUUCCUAUGUGUUACGACUCAGUGGCAUAAUACACAGAGUUCUUAAGAAAAUCUGUUGUAGCUCUACGACUUCUGAUACUGUUGGUAACUCAGGUUCAAGUUCCUUGAAGAACAGGAACAACGUACCAGUAACCUGUUUGACUAAACCCGUUAAGAACGGUCGCGUUGGUCCCCGUUUGGGCGUAAGAUUUGCGGAGACCACGCUUACUCCAUCCCCCGAACGUGUAGAGGUCAAGUCUGGUCAAGUGAAGUGUCGUGGUCGAGCCUGA